GGUGGUUUGUUCCGCUGUGUGGCGGGGCGAUGGGGAGGCGUUGGGCCGGGGCUGAGGUAGGAAGGAGCCCGUCCCUCGACGCCUCCCGCCACGCUAGCCCCUGAGCCGUGAUGCGAGCGUGGGUCCUACUCUUCGCGGUGCUCUGGUACCUCACAGGAGUUGGACGGCAGCGUUACUCCGAACGCACUAAGAAAGGCUUCAUUUAUGGCAAGCCAGGACACCUAGUAAAAAUAUAUGUAAAAUUACAUCGCAAUAGCCCAAUCCUUGUCUGUAUGGAUUUUAAACGCGCUGAAAAAGAAACAGUGGACCCCACCUACUUAUGGAUUGGGCCUAAUGAAAAGCAGUUAACAGGAAAUUACCGAAUAAAUAUAACUGAAACAGGAAAGCUGAUGGUAAAAGAUUUUCUGGAGCCUUUGUCUGGACUUUACACAUGUACUCUUUCUUAUAAGACUGUCAGAGCAGAAACCCAAGAAGAAAAGAUGGUAAAGCAGAGAUAUGACUUUAUGAUCUUUGCCUAUCGGGAACCUGAUUAUUCAUAUCAGAUGGCUGUACGUUUUACCACAAAGUCUUGUAUAGGAAGAUACAACGACCUGCUUUUUAGAGUGCUGAAGAAAAUCUUGGAUAAUUUAAUCUCUGAUUUGUCGUGCCAUGUCAUAGAACCAUCAUAUAAAUGCCAUGUUGUUAAAGUUCCCAAGAAUGGCCUCAUUCCUGAGCUAUUUAUAGCCUUUCAAGUUAAUCCUUUUGCACCAGGGUGGAGAGGUGCCUGUAAGGAUUCCAUCGACUGUGAAGAUAUCACUAAUCAUAAUAUCCUCCAGGCAAGAGAUCGGAUAGAAGAAUUUUUCCGGAGCCAAGCCUAUAUUUUCUACCAUGACUUUAACAAAACUCUACCAGCCAUGCAUUUUGUGGACCACAGUUUUCAAGUGAUACGUUUGGAUAGCUGUCGUCCAGGCUUUGGAAAAAAUGAAGGUCUACACAGUAAUUGUGCUAGCUGUUGUGUGGUUUGUAGUCCUGGAACUUUUAGUCCUGAUGUUGAUGUUACUUGUCAGACCUGCAUUUCCGUCCAUAUCUAUGGAGCUAAAUCUUGCCCAUAAACUUCAAACAAAAAUUGCAAUAUGAAGACUAGAGGUGAAAGCAUUGUUACUUGCUUGUGGGGGUGGGGAGAUAAGAUGAUUUAUUUACAUCCCAGAGCAUCAUAGAUAGUUUCAUUAAGUAAGAUCGGUAAGACCAAGACAUUGGAAAACAUACAAUUUAGAAACUUUAAAAAGAUUGUUGACAUGGCAUUUCUAAGAAGGCAUUUAAUCUAAUAUCUCCAGUGUACAAAGGAAAGUGUAAGUAUUAGUGGGUGAUUUUUAAUGAAAUAUGUUUUGUUGUUUACAAAUUAAGUCUGUUGCUCUGUACCUAAGACUGUAUUAAGGUCAACAAGAGUAGCAAAGUAUAAUGUAAUAAAAACUUUAUACUUUCCAUAUAUUAAUUUGUUCAAAAUCACUCUUACAUGAUAUAAAGGUGUAUAUAUUACCUUUGUAAUUAGAACCAAAAAAGUUAUUUCUUUUGGUCCCUUUGCUUUUAAUUUAUUUUUAAAAUAAUUAAUUUUAUUAUAUUUAUAUAUAAAAUAUAAGAUAAUAUAAUUAAUUUUAUUAAUUUCAUAUAAUUAACUUGUUUUUUUAGUACAGUUUUUAGACUUAGAGAAUAGUUGAGCAGAUAUUACAGAAUUCUAUAUACCCACUCCAGCCCAUGCCCUUACCCCUCCCCAGUUUCCUCUAUUAUUAACAUCUUGCAUUAGUAUGAUACAUUUGUUACAAUUAAUUCGCCAAUGUUGAUAUGUUAGUAACUAAAGUUCAUAGUUUACAUUAAGGUUCAUUCUUUGUGUUGUGCAGUUCUAUAGAUUUUGACAAAUGCAUAAUGACAUGUGUCCGCCAUUACAGUUUCAUACAGAAUAGUUUCACUACCC